AUGGUACGGGUGGUUUCGGGGCGGGCAACGGAGUGCUUUCAGAACGCCCCGGGUUCCGCUUCGCUCAGUGCCGACGUGUUGGUGUGCGUGGCGAAGGUGAUGCGGCUGCGUCCCGGCAUCAUGACGGUGCUGAUGCCGCACUCUGCGCUGCUGCCCUCCGCCGUGGAGGGGUACGCAAUAGACGCGUUCAUGUACGGGGACUUUGUGCGAAGGAUACGCGAUAAGCUGAGCGAGCUGCGGCCUCUAACCCCAGCAGGAGGGUACGGGCCACGGCCAUGCCUGCUGCAAAUGAACCCACCGUUGUGCCCUACCGACGCGGUUGCGCUGCCGCCGAAGGUGCUUCAUCCUGGGAGGACUGUUGCAAUGCGCCGGGUGCUGAAGGCUUUCCGCUUGUGGAAGUCUUUUUCUUUGUUGAGGCACCGUGGAGGACGAUGGUUGGGCCUCCGGCAGCUAGGCCAGUACGGAGGAUAA